AUGAAGCUUAGCAGUUGGUUACCGGAAGUUGAAUCUAUGAGCUUAUUAAUUCUUGGCAAUGGAAAGUUGUCAUUCAGGCAUGCCUUGUUAAAGGUCGGUGUAGUCCAUGCACACUCUCCACUUGCCUUAGUCUUUCUUUGCUACCAUGACAACGUUGGUCAGCCAUUCCGAGCAGCUAGGAGCUUGUCAAUCUUGGCUUCAAUGAUGGAAACUCGCUUGGGAGCGAGGUUGCGUCUCUUCUGCGCCAACAAAGGGGUAGGAUGGACUUCGGCCACAAGAUCAAAAGGCGAAGUAGAAAGAGCUUCUGUGCUGGCGAGGUUGACAUGA